UGAUUUUUCCAGCGAAAAUAGCCACCAUGUCGGGGUCUCCCGGAUUGCAACCGGACACUCUUUGUUUGCGUGUUGUCUUGCAAGUGUGAAUGAACAGGUCAGGUCCGCGUUGGUCGCCCGAGAACUAUAUUCAUUAUUAUUCAUUCGACAUAAUCUGGGAAAAUUAGAGCAGUCACAGAGAACUGGCAUGUCUAGGUUAUUUCCUUAGGCUAGGCACAAGGCUUCCGGCUCCCAUGCAAUCAGUAUCUCCACUGAACCGAAAUGUUUGAUGGUCGGCCGUGCUCGGUUACCGAGCCCGUUCCGUAUCGGGGCAGGAGGGGCAGGACUGACACAGCCAUAGAACUGCAUGAGACAGUGCACCCAGCGAGGUGGUGCAUCACCUUCUCUGAUCUCAAAUUCUUCCAGUCUGAAGUCCGUAGGGUCAUCCAAGAUGGGCUGACCUUUCAGGAGGACUUCGAAGCUUCGUAUGGGCCAAGCAUGUAUGUCGUGAACGAACAUUACAUCAAGCCGGUCACAGAGGCUGCUGGCAAAAUGAGCUGGGCAUUGAUGAUGAAUCCUCAUGGACUUGACUGUGAUUUGUUUAUCACUCAUGCUUGGCAGGAAGAUGUGUUCGAGUUCACCGAUAAAGUGCUGACAUCCUGGCCUUGCCGUGCACGCCAUGCUUGGUGCUGUAUGCUUGCAAACCCGCAGAAUUUAGAUAUUGGUGCUUUGCUUCAGUCCCCAUCAAUGUCUCCUUUUGCACUUGCCCUGCAGAGCUCCAAGUACAUGUUGGUAGUGCCUAACCGGCACAAGAGUGUCUACACAAGGUUGUGGUGUGGCUAUGAAGCCUACCUGGCCUUCCAAAGUAACAAGAUCAUUCGGACGGCUUCGCCUUCCAUUUGGCGAGAAGUUUUGUUUUCAUGGCUCAGGAUGUUUCCUGCGCUGCUGAUAGGUCUCAGUAUUGGCGCUGUUUCCAGAGUGGGGCAGCUGGACCUAUUCCUGCAAUUCGCUUUGACAAUGAGAACGAUGGCGCUUUUGGCGAGCCUGGUGAGUCAACACUGUGGUUUGAUGCGGCUGUGCUUGGCUGCCAACCAUGUGGGCCUAGCUGGUAUUUCGGCUUCUUUCCUCAGAGAUGGAACACUUUGGAGUAGAUAUGUUCAUAUUCCCUUUUCCGGGAUGACCGCGCUGGUGCUGGUGAAUGUCCACCGAAUUUUGAUUUUUAGUUAUUUCUUACUUGCUGAAGUUGACCGAGUGAACUGCCAAACGGAAAUGGAAGGGGCGGAAGCGUUGCAAAAUCACUAUCAAGGGUCAAUUCGUCACGCAUCGUGCUCAGAAGUUCGAGACGAAGUGAACAUUCGUCAUGAGAUAGGUGACCAGGUUGAUGAAGUUGACAAAGUUAUCCAAGUACUGUUGAAGGCAGGCAUAUCAUCAGAUGCACUUCGAACUGCAUAUUUGCAGGGGGUUGAAAUUCGGCAUGCUGGUUUCGUUCAAUUGGCCAUCCCCGUGCUUGUGCUCGGGCCUUUGUUACUGACGGGUGUCGGGCUCGUGGGGCAAUAUAUUGUUUUGCUUGAUGAAGCAGCUGAUCCAAUUGCAGAAGUCUCUCCAGUUUGGUUGCCAGUUCAAUGCACAUCCAUUCUUGCCAGGCUUGUCUUCUUGUGUUUGUUUUGCAGACGUUCCAUCGAUGAACAAUGUUUCAUGCUGAACGUGAUGGCGAAGAUUGUGACGGUCUUCUAUUUUUGCGAGGUAGAGUUUAGUUCCUUGGGGAACGGCGAGUUUUUUUCUGAACUGAGCAUGGUGCUGUUCAUUCUGUACUCCCUUUCCUUCUUGGUGGUGCUUUUCUUCGCUGUCUUGGGCAUCCGUGGCACAUUGAAGCUACCUGGUGGCAGGCAAUUGGUGCAAUUCUUCUUGUCACGGCUGGUGGUCUCGGGCAACUGGAGGCUGAGUAGAACGGAGCCCGCAGGCUCCCCAGAGUAUUCAGAGGUCUUCUCCCAGUCGACAGGAGAUGCGUCGGGUUCCGGAUCGGAGAGUUCCAGCUAAACAGCAGGCUCUCUGGCGGAUUCCGGAGCCGUGGCCACUGUGGCUUUAGUAUACCAAGUGGCACCACGCAGCUAAACGUGCGAGGUGCGUCGGAUUCUGAUCCGAGAGUACCAGCUAAAAUCAGCUAAACGUGGUUCAAGCUCACAGACUAAAAGGAAUCUCCGGCUGUGCACCGCCCGGGCGGACUGUUUAGACGGAGCCUGUCGCCUGCUUUUGAAAGGAUUUUGGCCGGAUUUGUGCUACUGACGGUUUUGGCGGUUGUCUUAUGAUCCACUGUCACCAUGGAAGUUCAGCAAACCAUAGAUUUUAAUUCUCAGAAGUUUGCAUGCAGCAAAUCUUGUGUACGUGAAAGAAGCUCUCGCCGCUCGCGCAGGAAAGCAAGUGAUUUUGUUUGCAC